AUGGCCGACGCCGAGAAGCAAGACGGCAUUGAGGUGCCUGCCGAGAACCACCAGGCUGAUGGCGCCGCUGGAGAGAAUAACGAAGAGGAGGAGAUCAGUGCCAUGAAGCGCCGAGUAGCCGAGAUGGAGAAAGAGGCCGCAAAACUUCGCGAGAUGCAGGCCAGCCUGGAAGAACGGGGCAACGACCUCCAGCAAGAUGAUAAGAACGACGUGGAUAGCCGCAGCAUUUUCGUUGGCAACGUCGACUACUCCGUCUCCCCCGAAGAGAUCCAGGCUCACUUCCAGGAAUGUGGCUCCAUUAAUCGAGUCACGAUACUGCUGGACAAGUUCACCGGCCAACCGAAGGGCUAUGCCUACGUAGAGUUCACCGAGCCCAGCCUUGUCGCACAAGCCCUGGUUCUCAACGACAGCGUACUCAAGGGUCGCAACAUCAAGGUGACCCCGAAGCGAACAAACAUCCCAGGCAUGUCUAGGGGACGUGGCCGUGGCCGUGGAGGAUUCGGAAGAGGAUUUCAUGGAGGAAGAGGGGGUUAUAUGCCUCGUGGCAAUUACCGUGGUGGAAACCGUGGCCGCGGACGAGGUGGUUACGCUCCCUACUAG